CUGAAUGUUCAUCUUGUCAUCAGUAUUUUUCUGGAUUGGCUUCCUGGCAGUGAUUCCUUACCUUGCCCUUGUUCUAUACGCUGCCUAUGCAUGCAAAGAGCAGAAUUUGAAGAAGAAGUAUAAUGCUUCCUGGGCUCUUGUUACCGGUGGAUCAUCUGGUAUUGGAGCUGCCAUUGUCCGUAAGUUUGCUUCCCAGGGUUUGAAUGUGGUUGUUGCUGCCCUGGAAAACCCUUUGAUGGAUAGCUUCAAAGUCGCCAUCCAAGAGGAGUUUCCCGAACGCAAGUUCCGCUUUGUUGGAUGCGAUUUAUCUGAUUCAGAGGGACAGAGCUACUUGAGCGCCAUCGAAAAGGCCACCGACGACAUUCCUAUUCAAAUCCUGUGCAACAAUGCUGGUUUCAUUACUACGGGUGCCUUCGCAGACACUGCUUUCAAGCGCAACAUGGCCAACUACCACACCAAUGUUACUGCCCCCCUUGUAUUGACACAUCAUUUUGUUAACCGUAUGCUUGACAAGGGGCAGCGUGGUUUGGUAACCUUUACUUCCAGCAGUGCUGGCUUCAUCCCUAACCCCAUGAGCGCUCUCUACUCUUCUACAAAGAUCUUCUUGACUACAUUUGCUGCAUCCUUGGCUGCUGAGAACGCAGAAGAUGGUAUUGAUGUACUUGUGGUGCACCCCUCACCUAUUAAUUCCAACUUUUAUGAUAACGCUGGAAAGAUGUCUACACUUUUGUCCGCUCAAAAGAUGUCUUCUCCUCCUUCUGUCAUUGCUGAUACUAUUUGCUGUAAUGCCGGAAAGGUGGUUGUGUCUGACCAGGGUCCCACAACUGUCAUUAUGAAGAUUAUUAUGACUAAAGUUCUCGACUGGAAUGUGCUGACCGAGGUUAUGAAGUUGGGUCUUCGUUACAGUGGCGAUUACAAGGCCAUGAAGGUCAGACGUGAGGGCAAGGCUGCUUAAUUUAAAUUCUUUAAUAUAAUUUAAUUUGGUAGU